AUGCGCCUCUUCUGGACUGCCGGCGUCGCUGCCUGCCUGCUCGCCACCGUGCAGCAUGCCGAUGCCUUCUGCCAGACCCCGGGCGCCUGCUUCCCGCUCGCCGCCAACAACAUCUGCGGCUCUAGCUUUGUCGGCUAUGGCAUCAACAGUCUCUACUUUGACGAGUUCCCGGCCACGGGCGUCAACACCGACACCUUCAACCAGGUCAUGAUCCAGCGCUACGAAACCAUCAGCGUCGUCGCCGACAACUUCAUCUCCAACAAGGGCUGCUCGGCAUCGGCCUCGUCCUUCAUCUCCCAAAACUUCCGCUACCAGCUCUCGUUCUGGUGCAGCGUCAUCAUCCGCGACAACAUCAUGCAGAGCAGCUGCUCGUGCCCGCCUCCGGCCGGCAGCCCCGUCCACGGCCCGGCCCUGUGCACGGCCCAGUGCCAGAUUGCCACUGCGAGCGUCCAGUCGCUCCUCAACGACCCGACCGCUUGUCCUGCCACCUCCAACACGACGCAGUCGCAGGGCCGGACCACGACCCUGGGCACCUUCCAGACGUACUGCUCGACGACGGCCCCGGCGGACCUGGCGACGCCGAAUGGCGGGCCGUGCUAUGCAGGCGUGGACCAAGACGUCCAGUUCUGUGGUGACACCACUACUGCCACUGCCACUGCCACUGCCACAGCCUCUUCGACCACCACACCCAUCUCCCCAACAGGUGCCGCCUCUCCAACGGCCAGCCCUACCCCGGCAAGCAGUGGCGGAUCCUCCAUUAAUCUCCCGGUCAUCCUCGGCUCUGUCGGUGGCGCUCUUGUGCUCUGUGCCAUCGUUGCUGUAGUUUUGGUCCGUCGCCGCCACAACUCUUCGACCAGCGACGGGAACUACAAGGUCUUGAAUGCCGCUGGACAUCGACCGGCUCCCAGCGGAACCCAGCUGAUGCCAAUGUCGGGCCAUGCCAGCCCUGCAAACGCCCGGUCAGUGGCUGGCCCUGCCGGUCUGCAGCCGUCCUAUGUACCGCCUCACAUCAACACCACCGCACCCUAUACGCCUCCUCCCGCAAGCCUUCCCUCGAGCAACCGGGACUCGGACUCGCUCUUCACUCCCCUGACCAGCGUUAUCGCCGGCCAGCUCGUGACGGCCAUCCAUCCUUACGAGUCGCAGCUUGGUGACGAGCUUCCUUUGACUCAGGGCCAGAACAUCAAGGUUCUCCGCUCCUUUGACGACGGCUGGGCCCUUGGCCAGAUCAUCGAGACCGGCCGACAGGGCGCCUUCCCCAUCGUCUGCGUUUGUUCGACCGAGCAGUACCCCAAAAUUGUCCAAGCCCUGCAAGCUGCGUCGCCCUCCAUCAGCGGAUCCGACAUUGCCGGCCACACCCCGUCUCUCCCUGACACAAACCACGUUUCUUCGCGGGUAUCGUCUAUGAUUCUGACUCCCACAGACUCGCUUCCUGGCCACUAG